AUGCUCGCGGUUGGACAUUGGGCGGUUGUCUUGCUGGUGGUCGCAGCGGAUGAGGACUGUUCACUGCUGGUGGUGAAUUCCACGAUGGGCCAUCGCAUGUAUACGAAAGAUUGGUAUUGUGCAGAAGAAGCCGGAGACCCUGGGACGACCCUCUGGGACAAUGUGCUGGAGUUUAAAGGAACGAGGGGGUCAACCUUGCACUCCGUGCGUUUUUUUCCCACAUGGUAUGCCUUUACACCAGGUCAGCCGAUCCGGAAGGACUGUGUUACAUGGGGCGAUCGGACAUACCUGACCUUCAGGGUGGGCAGGCGGUCAUCUGACGAUGUGCGCGAUGAGUUUAUGUCUGGCACAACCAAAAGAAGCAUCUUGUUGAGUCGGGCCUCGGCAGUGAUCGGUGACUAUAUCCCUAAGAAGUUGAACUUCGCUUUCGAGGGCCUUGCCAUCUUCCUCUUUCGGCGUGGGGCCGGCUUCGUGAGACGUGAGGUCAAACUUCGCUUUGCCCAAGGGCACGAGACUGGAGGGGGCAACGAUUGGUGGAUGGGCAACAGUCCAGACAUUUGUCACCAAAACUCAAGCGGCCGUGGUUUUAUUUGUGGGGAGCUUGGCUUUUACCCAUGGCCACCAGGUAGUUCUAUAUUCGUGAAACCGAACAACCACAGGUUCAAGGUCUAUCCGCGGCCCAUUUGA